CUGGACAGUACCCGCCUCUCCUUGGCGGCAGCGUUCGGCUGCACGAAGCUGGAGGAGACGCUGCCCUUCGGGAGAGAGGAGUCGGUAGCGGAGAUGGGACGCCCGAACCUCGUUAUUGUAUCGAAUGCUCUGACUCGGACGGGCAGUAAUCCACGCCUGCAGUAAAUCCAAGCGUUCUCUUCUGAGUCUUCGGCCCCCCCGGCUGGUAACGAUGGCGUUCCAGAGAGCGGAGGGGAUGUCCAUUAUCCAGGCGCUCGCUAUGACAGUGGCAGAAAUCCCCGUGUUUCUCUACACAACCUUUGGACAGUCCACGUUGUCCCAGCUCAGGCUGUCGCCAGGACUGCGGAAGGUCCUCUUUGCCACGGCGCUCGGUACGGUAGCGCUGGCUCUAGCUGCUCAUCAGCUGAAGCGCCGAAAACACAAGAAGAAGCAGACGGCGGGCGACGGAGGCGGCUUGAAGCCGGGGAGCGUUCCGGCAGCCGUCUUGCCUGUCAGACGUGCCUCUUCCGUAAAGAAAGGUUACCCCCGCAGGGUGCAGAGUCCGGGCUGUAAGAGUAAUGAUACCCUGAGUGGCAUUUCCUCCCUCGAGCCGAGCAAGCACUCGAGUUCCUCGCAGAGCCUUGCGUCGGUAGUGGCUGUGAACUCUUCCAAUGCUACGGCCGAGGCGACGUGGGAGACCCGCGAAAUGGAUGAACCCUCGUUUGGGGAAGAUGCCAAUGCAGAAAAUCUAUACGUCCAAGGGAUGGAGCUGUUUGAGGAAGCGUUGCAUAAGUGGCAACAGGCGCUACACAUUGGGCAACGGUGCAGCUCAAAUACCCCGACGGCUGAAACUAGCGAGAUCCUCAACGAAAGCGCAUCCAUAGACAUGACGGAGGAUUCCCAAAGCAGGGAAUUCGCAGGCAGACUCGAGGCCCUUCUGCAUCGUGCCUACAACCUGCAGGAAGAAUUCGGAACAAAUACCCCCCAAGACGGCCUGCUGAUGGAUUUGGAAGGAGCUCUGAUGUUCCCCAUUUCAGAGGGCAAGAGGCCGUUGCGCAUGGAUGAUGAAUGGAGUACCACAUCCGAUGAAUCCUUUUUCUCUGCUGCCGAGAUCUUUAAUCCUUCGCAAAUCAAUGACCUUCUGCCGUCGCCACCAAAGCCAGCAGCUGCUUAUGAAGAAGCUCUGAAGUUGGUCACAGAAGGAGGAGUAUCUUGCAGGACACUAAGGACAGAGUUGCUGUGUUGCUACAACGACCAUGAUUUCCUGGCCAAGUUGCACUGCGUCCGUCAGGCGUUCAAGAUUCUGCUUCAGGAUGAAGGAAACCGGUUGUUUUUUGGUGAAGUCGGCAAGCAGAUGGUCACGGGACUCAUGAUUAAAGCUGAGAAGAACCCAAAGGGAUUCCAUGAAAACUAUGAGGAGAUGCUGCGUUAUGCAUUAAAGGAAGAAACAUGGCCGACCACCCAAAAGGAACUUGAAGGACGUGGGGUGGUCUGCAUGAAUUUCUUUGACAUAGCGAUGGAUUUCAUACUAAUGGAUGCCUUCGAAGACCUUGAGAACCCACCCUCCUCUGUCAUUGCUGUGUUACGGAACCGUUGGCUUUCCGACAGCUUCAAGGAGACUGCAUUGGCAACUGCCUGCUGGUCAGUCUUAAAAGCUAAAAGAAGGCUUCUAAUGGUUCCCGAUGGAUUCAUAUCCCAUUUCUACUCCGUAUCGGAGCAUGUCAGCCCCAUUCUGGCAUUCGGUUUUCUGGGGCCUAAAGAGCAAUUGACAGAAACCUGUAAUUUCUUUAAGCACCAGAUUGUACAGUAUUUAAAGGACAUGUUUGACUUGGAUAAAGUGAGAUAUACGUCGGUCCAGUCUCUGGCGGAAGACGUUCUCCACCUCUCCCGAAGACGGAGCGAAAUUCUCUUGGGCUAUCUGGGUGUAGAUACUUUGCGUGAGGCAAACGGAGACGUAACCGCUGGAAAUAGACUUCUAGAACAUGGUGUUUGAUUAUUCUAACGCAAAAAAACUCCCAAAA